AGACCGAAGAAGGUUUGGUGGAAAGCAGAACCUUGGUCUCCAUCUAACUGCUCCUAAGCCUCACGCUCCCUUGCCCUGCGCGUCCUGUUGCUUCCCUGAUUGACUUUCUCCGUGACCUGUAGCUAAACCUUCCACCAGCGCUUGAGAACUUAAUUUGAAUCGGAUCCUUUCCCAGACCCCUUUCUCCUCCUCCUCCUCCUCCUCUUCCACCUCCAGGUGCCCAACAGCCCCCUUCUCCUCCUUUCCCUUCCCUUCCCUCCCCUCCCCUCCCACUUCCCUCUGCCUCCCCGUCCCCAUCCCCUUCCCACCCCCCGCCCUAAGCCACCCCCACCUCUGUCCUGGCCGCCUCAGGGCGCCCUGAGAGGACCAGGACAUGCUGGUGUGGUGGCUGCUCUUUUGGCUCCUCCUGCUGGGGUUUAUCAGCCAUCACCCCACCUAUGUUAUCAAUUCUCCACCUGAUCAUUUUCAUCCUGGGACUGACUUUUGUGGAAUUCCUUGGAUAGUUAUCAUUAUUGUGUUUCUGGGAAUUUCUACACUUGCUAUUUUCCUCUGGAAAACUAGCUUUUGUGUGUCUUUCCUCAAGACAGUCUUAAAGUCACAAAAUGUACAUGACGGAUCCACGGAUGUACAGCGGAAAGCCUGGAGGUCCAAUAGCCGUAGCCAGGAAGGAAUUAAAAUUGGCCUGGAAGACCUCUUUACUUCACAGAGACAUAUGGAAGACAAUGUUCGAGCUAAAGUCCAUAAGGUGACAAGGAAGGUCAACAGUCAUUACAAAAUCAAUGGACAUAGGAAGACUGCCAAAAAAAAGAAACUGUUUCAACGCACGCAAGAGUUGCGGCGGCGGGCAGAGGACUACUACAGAUGCAAAAUCACCCCUUCUGCAAGAAAGCCUCUUGCCAACUCAGUAAGUUUGUUUGUUUUCCUUGCUUUUGGACAUAGUCUGCCAGGUCAGGACAUGGAUGUAUUUUUCUCCCCACAGCUCUGUGCUCAAGCCUUGCAAAGGGGGAAGGCAGAGAGGCAGGCUGCCUACAAGCAGCACAGGUGUCAAAUGAGGCAAAAGCAGAGAGUGCCAGAGAGACACAUGAGUCAGGAGCCAGUCCAGGGACGACCGGGCCUAGAGAACCCUUUCUGGAGGGCAGAUUCAGGACCUCAUUUGGUUCCCAUGAGGAACAGCAACGGCGUCCCAGCUGAAAACACAGAGAAGACAAAGGUCAGGAUGGCGGCAGUGGAGCACCAUCAUUCCUCAGGAUUGCCCUACUGGCCCUACCUCCCAGCUGAAACUUUAAGAAAAAGGAUGGGCCACAAGCUACCUCCUCCUUUUCAGUGUGAUCUGAGAGGUCAACCACGUCCAUCAGUUAAAGGGUGUCUGAGACCGCUGACUCUUUCUCGACUACAGUGUCCACUAGGACCUCAACCACAUUCUACAACUGAUGAUUUUCUGAAAAGAGAGACACCUCAAGACGAGUGUGCCCUGGGACCUGAACCACUUCCUCGAGCUGAUGAUUUUCCGAGACUCAAGACACCUCCCGAGGGUCUUUUCAUACCAAUUUCCCCUUCUCCAGUUGAUGAUUCUCUGAGCCUGAAGACACCUCCCGAGUGUCUUCUGGUACCCCUUCCACCUUCUCCAGUUGAUGAUUUUCUGAGACCACAAACACCUCCCAUCCAGUGUCACCUGAGACCUGUACCAUUUCAUCGAGCUGAUGAUAUCAGGAGACUCAAGAAACCUCCUGACUGUUUUUUUGCACCCCUUCCACCUUCUCCAGUUGAUGAUUCUCUGAGCCUGAAGACACCUCCCGAGUGUCUUCUGGUACCCCUUCCACCUUCUCCAGUUGAAGAUUUUCUCACACCACAGGCACCUCCCAUCCAGCGUCGUCGCCUGGGACCUGUAGCAUUUCCUCGAGCUGAUGAUUUUAAGAGACCCAAGGAACCUCCCGAGUGUUUUUUCGCACCCCUUCCACCUUCUCCAGUUGAUGAUUCUCUGAGCCUGAAGACACCUCCCGAGUGUCUUCUGGUACCCCUUCCACCUUCUCCAGUUGAUGAUUUUCUCACACCACAGGCACCUCCCAUCAAGCGUCAUCGCCUGGGACCUGUAGCAUUUCCUCGAGCUGAUGAUUUUAGGAGACCCAAGGAACCUCCCGACUGUUUUUUCGUACCACUUCCACCUUCUCCAGUUGAUGAUUCUCUGAGCCUGAAGACACCUCCCGAGUGUCUUCUGGUACCCCUUCCACCUCCAGUUGAUGAUUUUCUCACACCAGAGGCACCUCCCAUCAAGCGUCGUCGCCUGGGACCUGUAGCAUUUCCUCGAGCUGAUGAUUUUAGGAGACCCAAGGAACCUCCUGAGUGUUUUUUCACACCCCUUCCACCUUCUCCAGUUGAUGAUUCUCUGAGCCUGAAGACACCUCCCGAGUGUCUUCUGGUACCCCUUCCACCUCCAGUUGAUGAUUUUCUCACACCAGAGGCACCUCCCAUCGAGCGUCGUCGCCUGGGACCUGUAGCAUUUCCUCGAGCUGAUGAUUUUAGGAGACCCAAGGAACCUCCUGAGUGUUUUUUCACACCCCUUCCACCUUCUCCAGUUGAUGAUUCUCUGAGCCUGAAGACACCUCCCGAGUGUCUUCUGGUACCCCUUCCACCUCCAGUUGAUGAUUUUCUCACACCAGAGGCACCUCCCAUCAAGCGUCGUCGCCUGGGACCUGUAGCAUUUCCUCGAGCUGAUGAUUUUAGGAGACCCAAGGAACCUCCUGAGUGUUUUUUCACACCCCUUCCACCUUCUCCAGUUGAUGAUUCUCUGAGCCUGAAGACAUCUCCUGAGUGUCUUCUGGUACCCCUUCCACCUCCAGUUGAUGAUUUUCUCACACCAGAGGCACCUCCCAUCAAGCGUCGUCGCCUGGGACCUAUAGCAUUUCCUUGAGCUGAUGAUUUUAGGAGACCCAAGGAACCUCCCGACUGUUUUUUCACACCCCUUCCACCUUCUCCAGUUGAUGAUUCUCUGAGCCUCAAGACACCUCCCGAGUUUCUUCUGGUACCUGUUCCACCUCCAGUUGAUGAUUUUCUGAGACCACAAACACCUCCCAUCCAGUGUCACCUGAGACCUGUACCAUUUCAUCGAGCUGAUGAUAUCAGGAGACUCAAGAAAACUCCUGACUGUUUUGACUGUUUUUUGUUUUGUUUUGUUUUGUGUUUUUUUGUUUUUUGUUUUUUGUUUUAUUCUGUGGCAGGAAGGGGCCUGGUGUGUUGUUGAUUCAAUUUAUUGAUCAUUUUUACAACAAUAAAUUCAUUUAAGUAUUGAUUGUGCACCUAUCAUAUGAUACGCAUUUUUUCAUCACUCCCCCACUCCCAGAACCCUAAGCUUUUCUCACUGUUAGAACUGCUAGUUUAUUUGUAUUUCAGUCACUUUGACUAUAAACUCCUUGAGUGUAGGUGCUUAGAUUUUUUUCACUGCUUAGCCCCCAAUGCCUGUAUAGAGUAAGCUCUUUUUUUUUUUUCUCUCUCUUUUUGUACCAAAUGCCCAAUGGCCAAUUUAUUCUGUUUCAAUAACAACUAGGCAUCAUUUUCAAAGGGCCAUAUACUGACAACAGACUGCCCAGAAAUUAUCUCCCUAUGUAGGAAAACUACAGAAGACAAGUUCUUAGAUUUUUAAUGCCCAAUACAGUAGCCAUUAAUGACAGGUGACUACCGAGCCUUGAAAUGCGAUAGUCCAAAUUGAGACGUGCUAUAAGCUUAAAUUACACACCACGUUCCAAAGCCAUAAGGCCAAAAACUGUAAAAUAGUCUAGUAAUUUUAUAUUUAUUAUAUAUUGAAAUGAUAUUUGGUAUUUUAGAUAUAUUGAGUUAAAUAAAAGUUAAAUUCACCUGUUGGGUUUUUUACUUUUAAAAUGUGAAUUCCAGAAAAAAAUUUUUUUUUAUGAAGUAUUUAUUGAUGAUUCCUGGGUGUUUCUCGGAGAGGGGGAUAUGGCAGGGUCAUAGGAUAAUAGUGGAGAGAAGGUCAGGAGAUAAACACAUGAACAAAGGUCUCUGGUUUUCCUAGGCAGAGGUCCCUGAGGCCUUCUGCAGUGUUUGUGCCCCGGGGUACUUGAGAUUAGGGAGUGGUGAUGACUCUUAAAGAGCAUGCUGCCUUCAAGUAUCUGUUUAACAAAGCACAUCUUGCACUGCCCUUAAUCCAUUUAACCCUGAGUUGACACAGCACAUGUUUCAGAGAGCAGGGGGCUGGGGGAAAGGCCAUAGAUCAACAGCAUCCCAAGGCAGAAGAAUUUCUCCCAGUCAGAACAAAAUGGAGUCUCCUAUGCCCACCUCUUUCUACGCAGACACAGCAACAAUCUGAUCUCUCCUUCCUUUCCGCACACUUCCCCCCCUUCUUUUCAACAAAACCACCAUUGACCUCAUGGCCCGCUCCCGAUGGUCGCUGUCUCUUCGGAGCUGUUGGGUACACCUCCCAGACAGGGUGGCCGGGCAGAGGCUCUCCUCACCUCCCAGACAGGGUGGCUGGGCAGAGGGGCUCCUCACUUCCCAGACGGGGAGGCCGGGCAGAGGCGCUCCUCACAUCCCAGACGAUGGGUGGCUGGGUAGAGGCGCUCCUCACAUCCCAGACGGGGCGGCCGGGCAGAGGCGCUCCUCACAUCCCAGACGAUGGGUGGCCGGGUAGAGGCACUCCUCACAUCCCAGACGGGGAGGCCGGGCAGAGGCGCUCCUCACAUCCCAGACAAUGGGUGGCCGAGUAGAGGCGCUCCUCACCUCCCAGACGGGGCAGCCAGGCAGAGGCGCUCCUCACUUCCCAGACGGGGCAGCCGGGCAGAGGUGCUCCUCACUUCCCAGACGGGGCGGCCGGGCAGAGACGCUCCUCACUUCCCAGACGGGGCGGCCAGGCAGAGGCGCUCCUCACUUCCUCCCAGACGGGGUGGCAGCCAGGCAGAGGCGCUCCUCACCUCCCAGACGGGGUGGCUGGGCAGAGACGCUCCUCACUUCCCAGAUGGGGCGGCCAGGCAGAGGCCCUCCUCACUUCCUCCCAGACGGGGUGGCAGCCAGGCAGACGCGCUCCUCACCUCCCAGACGGGGCUGCCGGGCAGAGGCGCUCCUCACUUCCCAGACGGGGUGGCUGGGCAGAGGCGCUCCUCACCUCCCAGACGAUGGGCGGCCAGGCAGAGGCGCUCCUCACUUCCCAGACGGGGCGGCCGGGCAGAGGCACUCCUCACUUCCUCCCAGAUGGGAUGGCAGCCAGGCAGAGGCGUUCCUCACUUCCCAGAUGGGGCGGCCGGGCAGAGACGCUCCUCACCUCCCAGAUGGGGUGGCCAGGCAGAGGCGCUCCUCACUUCCUCCCAGACGGGGUGGCAGCCAGGCAGAGGUGCUCCUCACCUCCCAGAUGGGGCGGCCGGGCAGAGGCGCUCCUCACUUCCUCCCAGACGGGGUGGCAGCCAGGCAGAGGCGCUCCUCACCUCCCAGAUGGGGCGGCCGGGCAGAGGUGCUCCUCACUUCCUCCCAGAUGAGGUGGUGGCCAGGCAGAGGCGCUCCUCACCUCCCAGACGGGGCGGCUGGGCAGAGGUGCUCCUCACUUCCCAGACAGGGUGGCUGGGCAGAGGCGCUCCUCACAUCCCAGACGAUGGGCAGCCACGCAGAGACGCUCCUCACUUCCUAUACGGGAUGGCGGCUGGGCAGAGGCGCUCCUCACUUCCCAGACGGGGCGGCCAGGCAGAGGGGCUCCUCACAUCCCAGACGAUGGGCGGCCAGGCAGAGACGCUCCUCACUUCCUAGACUGGGUGGUGGCGGGGCAGAGGCUGUAAUCUUAGCACUUUAGGAGGCCAAGGCAGGCGGCUGGGAGGUGGAGGUUGUAGCGAGCUGAGAUCAUGCCACUGCACUCCAGCCUGAGCAACAUUGAGCACUGAGUGAGCGAGACUCCGUCUGCAAUCCCAGCACCUUGAGACAGAGUCUUGCUCUGUUGCCCUGGCUAGAGUGCAGUGGUGCAAUCUCAGCUCACUGCAACCUCUGCCUCCCAGGUUCAGGUGACUCUCUUGCCUCAGCCUCCUGAGUAGCUGGGAUUACAAGUGCCUGCCACCACGCCCAACUAAUUUUUUUGUAUUUUUAGUAGAGACUGGGUUUCACCAUCUUGGCCAGGCUGGUCUCAAACUCCUGACCUCAUGAUUCACUCGCCUUGGCCUCCCAAAGUGUUGGGAUUACAGGCGUGAGCCACCGUGCCCAGCCUGUGGCUGUCUUUCUGUAAGGACAUCAGUCAUGUCAGACCAGGGCCCACCCUACCCCAGUAUGACCUCAUCUUAAUUUAAGUAUACAUUUGCAACAAUCCUGUUUCCUAAUGAAGUCAGUUCUGAGGUACCGAGAGUUAAGAUUUCAACAUCUCUUUCUUGCACGGGGAGGGGAGACUGAUUUAGCCCCUACCAAUAAGAGAAAAAAUAUUAUAGCACAGUCUGGAUGUAGUGAUUUCUUUCUGCAGUCCACACACACACACACACACACACACACACACAGAGCUGAUGCAAGCACAUGCUGUGUCAAUGCAAAGGAAAAAGACAGAUGUCUCCCUACGCCUUUCUAAGCUUUUAUAUAUUAUACCUCACAUUGUCAGCUCUAAAAUCCUGUAUCUAAUACAUUUAUCUAUCUAAUAGAUUUUUUAGAUCUAAUACAUUUAUUUGGUAAUAAAUAAAUAAUAAAUUUACCAACUGUCUUGGUGAAAAGGAGUUCAUGCUGGAUGAUGGAUGAGGCCUUGAAUAAUGGCCUUCCCGGCCACUAUGGCCACUCUCCACUCAAGGAUCUAUUGUACAAGCAUUGGGGUGGCUGGGGGCAGAGAUGACUGACAUCUACCAGCCAGUCAGCUGGUUCCUCCAUCUACCUGCUUAGUGAGUGUCCUGUCUAUGCCAAAUCUUCUCUAGUGGCAAUGAUGUGAGACACAAAGAUCUGCACAUUUUGCGGCCACUUCCAACAAUUCAUCUACAUGCUUCUUCCCAGACCACUUUGUCUCUGAUCAUCUAAACUCGCCCCUUCUAAACCCCAGACCAAGACCAGCCAAGUUAUUUGCCACUACAUGGAAGUCCAUAUAUACCCUUACCUCAUACCACUUCUGGCAUACAAAGUGGACAAACAAGCGUACUGCUCACAGCUCUACCCUCUAGGAGGGUUUCUCCUCAUCAUUGUCCUUCAGGGCCACCACUGAGUUGGGUGGUAGUGUUGACAGCUAUCCACUCUCAGGCAGCAUUGAUUAUCCAAACCAAUCCAUCCACGAACCAGGAAUAAGCUGCGUUGUUCCUCCUUCAUCAGUGAAUCACAGAGUUCCCUCACUCCUGCCCCCAUAUUUAUAGAUGUGAGCUGAGAGACAUGUCAGGACAGCAGAGGUAGGUGACAUGGAGCUCUGGGCCACCCUAUACCUUCUGGACUUGCUCAGAUCUGGUCCUGAAUAUACCAUUUCCAUCAUACCUUAUCACCUUGUUGGAUCUGACAAUGUCCAGCUCGUAACAGUAAACUCGUAUCAUAUAAUCACUGGAUGUACCACUUUCAGGUGCUUGAUCUCUCUUGACCCCUUAUCACAUCAGAAGCUGUUUUUUUGAGUGGUGAGUAAUUAAACAAUAAAUAGUCUCUUGAAUGCAGUAGACAUGCCUUUCUCCAGAACCUUACCCAUUCUGUACCGCAAAUCUAUUAGGGUUUGUCCAAGAUUUCCUAUACCAUCCUUUUCUACCACGGAUACCCCGAGCACUGUUGGAUCUGUUGAAUUAUAUGGCCUCAACAGCAGAGUAUGUUGUCCUGAAGCCUAGAAUUUCUGCAGUUUUCUUCUGCUUUGGGUUCCACUCAAAACUAGUAGACUUUUAAUGACCCAAGAAAUGAGUCAAAGAAAUAAUCUCAAGCACAAUAUUGGCUGCCUCCUAAAAUUCAAAGUGGCCCACCAAAAAAUAUAUCUUUUCAUAGGGGUAAUUGUUUACCUUAGGAUGCUGCAAACCAUGGGACUCCUAAAAUCUUCACCAAUAUGGCAGGACUUUGAUACUGUAAAUGAUUUAUGUUUUACCUUCAUGUGUUUUACUAUGACAUCCAGAGUACCGGCCACUUUCUGUUCACCAAGUCCAAUUAGCAUAAUGUCAACAACAUAGUAUACCAGCAUGAUAUGUCAAGGUGACAGAGAGAAAGAGAAUACAUAUAGCCUUGGGGAAAGACCGUGAAUGUGUACUCAUAUCCUUUCUUAAUGAGACAGAACUGAUCUUGACCAUCCUUGCUGAGGAGGUUCGAAGAUGACUUGUUUGCCAGAUGGAUAGCCACAACCCAGGAACCAAAGGCUGUGCUGCUCUGUUCCAGUAAAGAUACCACAUCCAGUUCGGUAGCUACAUACAAUUGGGACUGCAACUUAGAUAACGUUCCGGUAGUCUGCUGUUAUUCAUGAAAAUCCACUUGUUUUUUGCAGAGACCAUGUAGACGGACUGAAUGGGGAUAUGAUGAGGAUGACCACCCCUGCAUUUGCUAAGUUCUUGAGCGUGGCAUCGAUCUCAGCCAUUCCACUGGAAUAGGGUAUUGCUUUGAUUUGCUGUCUUAGGUGGGAAUGGGCACUUUCUGGGUUUCCAUUUGUUUCUUCCUUCCUGGUUCUUAUUUCACAGGUCAGGAAGCAAAACGUGAGGGCUCUACCAGCUGCUCAGUCUAUCCUUUCCAAUUAAGCACACUGGAACUGAGGAAGCAACGACAGGGUGAGCCCUAACACCCUCGUCAUCACUGCUGAGCCUGCCUUGACAAGAACUCCAUUUAUCACCUGCCUCCAUGAUUUCCCAUGCUAACUAGCUGUCAUCAUGGCAUUCCAGGUUCUGCUGAUGUCAUUGUCAGGUUAGACCCUGUAUGCCCUGAAAACUCUGUGUAUUUCCAUUUUCUUAGGGUAAAGUUACACAGGUCCCUCUGGGGGAAGGUUUGUGGCACUGCAGGGUUCUUUUUCAAGGCGGCCCAGCCUCCCCUUCAAUCACUAGGCCAGGGGCCCGAGAACUGACUCAAAUCUGGGAGCUAGGUGAGGGAUUAUCAUUUUUCUUUUUGGCAGCAGACAUCAGAUUUCAGCUUACCUUCUCUUUAAUAUUUUUUCUGGUUACACAAGUCAAGAAAUAUUCACAGUGGGUACUCAUCUAUCUUUCCUCUAGAAAUACCCUAUGUGUACAGCACGCUGGCUGGCACCUUGGCCUUGCUGCCAUAUGGUAGUCAUAUUCACUUUGAUGGCCAAAUGCUGCGCCUUGGCCUCUGCUACUCCAAAAUAUCUUCAUCUUCAGUAAUAUUAGAGAGGUCAGUUCUGUGGCAGCAUUUCCUACUGUGAACCAUAGACCAUGGAAGACAAUCACUAGUGAGAUUCCCAACAAUGCUGGUGGCCCCUCACCAGUGAGUUUCUUGUUUUUGUACAAAGGGCAUGUCCUCUUGGCCUCAUAGGGAACAAGAUCAGGGUCUCUGGUCUUGCAUAAUAAAUCCUCCCUGGACUGUCUGACUCCUUCCUCAAUACCAUGCCAUGGCAAAUAUGGCAUCUUUCCCUCAUUGACUAUAGGCUGUCAUCUUAUCCAAGCUUCAAGAAACCUCUGACCAGCAUUAUUAGGAUAGGCACAAUUGUCCUUUUGAGGACAGCGAAUUAUAGGAUAGAGUCAGUAGACCUUCCCUAGUCACUCUUAUGUAUAAUAUCCACACCUCCUGACCCAACACUCUCAAGAUCCACUCCCAUAUGUGUUUCUCUGACUUCUCCUGGUAAGAAUUAGGCCCUUCAACUCCUGAUGAGUAAACCAGUCAUCAAAUACUUGGUGAAGAGCUUCCAUCAACUGUCUUUGCAAUGGGACUUCAUGUCCUUCUCUGGGGUUUUGCAGAUAAUGGACCUUAACUAGUGGCCUGGAGGCAAUGAGGGGAUGUAAGGAUGCAUCUUGUGAAGGACAAAAGUCAUCUUAUGAGUAGUCCCCUCAGGUGAGGACUUCCUGUGGUACCCAGGUAAUGGAAAACCACAAAUCUGACUGGAGGUCUUGACAUCCUUUAUAGCAGUAGACCAAAUGUUAGCUACAUCUACCAACACUUCCAAAAGUUUUUAUGGAACAAACAGACAAAUACCAAAUGCCAAGUAACCAAGUUAAAACACCUCACUUCCUUUAGGCGGUGCUGUCAGAAGCAUGGUUCAAUUCUCACUUUCAAGUUUGAGGUAACUCUAGACCCACACCCUGUCCUCCAAAACUGUAGAAAAAAUACUGCGAAAGAUGUCUUCUUCAUGUUCCUCAAGGUAGUUAUUCUCACUCAGAGAGUGGCAAGUACUUGGAAUCUUCCUGAUAUUUUUUUCUCCUCCAGCGUUUUAGUGAUGAAAGAUGUUGGGAGAACACAGAAUGCUAAGCCCCACAAAUCUUGCUAGAGAGAUCUCCUAGAGAAAUCAGAAUCUUUCAAGAUUGUUUUAGAGAAAUAUGCUAUCACUCUGACUCCACUCUAAAAAUUCCCCUGUGACCCAGCUGGCCUGACGAACUAAAUCAUGAUACUCUGCAAAACAUACCCUUUCACACAUGAAUGCCCACGGCAAUGUUUCCUAACCAUUCAUGAGUCAUAAAACCUAUGGCAGAAACCAUUCUACAUGUUCACCAAAACAUUUCAUUUUCCCUCUGGACACCAGGAAAACUAUUUUUUUUUUUUUUUUUUUACUUUUUCUAAUCUAAGUGAGGCUAUGUAAGGAGUUCUGCCCAAUAAAAUGUGGGCAAAAUUGAUGUCCUACAGAAUUAUCGUCCACACUCUAUGUCUGUUAUCAUUAGCUGUCAGGAUGCAGAGUAUCAAAAAAGGACUUUAACUUAUUUAUUUAUUUUUCGAGACAAAGUAUCACUUUGUCACCCAGGCUGGAAUGCUGUAGCAUGAUCACAGCUCACUGCAACCUUGACCUCCCAGGUUCAAGCUAUCCUCCCACCUCAGCCUCCCAAGUAGCUGACACUACAGUCGCAUGCCACCACUCCCGGCUAAUGUUUGUAUUUUUUGUAAAGAGGAGGUUUCACCAUGUUGCCUAAGCUGGCCUUGAACUCCUGGGCUCAAGUGAUCUGCCUGUCUUGGUCUCCCAAAGUGCUGGAUUACAGGCAUGAGCCACCAUGCCCAGCCCAAAUGAAGAACUUGGAGUCCAUGGUGAAAGGCAGAACCUCCCCAACUCAACUGAGUUGGUCAUGAGUGAAAAGUACAUCUUUAAGCCACACCUUUCAAAUGGGUCAGCAAAUUUGAUAAAUUUGGCAAAUUUCAGCUAUUCCCACCCACUACGUAUACCUCUCUUACAAUUUAUAGUGUCUUCUCAUGUCCUUUGCUCCUAUCAAACCUAUCCUAACCAGCACCUAUAUUAAACAUUUAUUUCUACAUUAUGUAGUCUUCAGAGUUCUAGGCCGGUGUGUUCAAAUGAUGGGAAUAUUACACACCUGCACUGUCCAGCCACUAGCCACAUCGAACUACUGAGUACUUGAAAUGUGGCUAGUGUGGCCCAAGAACUGAAUUUUAAAUUGUACUUAAUUUUAAUUAAUUCAAACUUAAAUAGCCACAUGUGGCUAGUGGCUACCACAUGAAAGCAUGCAGCUCUAGAUGGGCAUGAGCCUAGACAGGCAGAAUAACUAGAUUCUAAAGUAAGUUGGUAACUAGGGAAUUAGCACUUACUAUGGGAAUUUAAAAGAUGUGUUAAAAUAUAUACUGGUGGGAAAGAACUUUAAGAAAAAGUGGUGGUUCUUAAUGGUUUAAGAACCUUAAUGGUCAAACAUUUCUAAGAAUGCUUGUCCCUGGGUAAUAUUUCUAACUGGUCAAGUCACAAUUAUUACGGAAUGGAUCUCCCCAGUAUCGUUUCCCUAUAGCUUCUAUGUGCAGCAUAUUUAUGCCCUGAGUGUAUAAUGUCUGGCCAUAAUGACACGAAAGGUUGGAUUCUAGGGGUGGAAUACAUCAAGUCACUAGGAUGUCACCAAGCCCACUGUGUGGGUUAAAUGCUACAGACAGAGGGUUGUGCCACCCACUCCCCACCUUCCCUACCUCCCAUCCUACCCAAAGCUUCAGCCAAAAGGAAGAAAAUGCCUCCCACAUGGCCAUAGGCUGAAGUGCUGCCCCUCGGUGGCCAGAAGUCACUCAACAUGCAGGCAAAGACGAUGUUAACAAUACAAAGAAUCAGAAAAAGACUGAAUUCCUUAGAUCAAUCUGUUUGGCUUCAAAAGCUAGAAUCUCAAAAGUCUAUCCCCUGCUGACUUUAUUUUUCUUUCAACUUUUCAAUGCCAUUGCUCCUGCCUGAACAAAAGACAAGAAAGUCCAGUCUCAUCCCAGAAUAGACAGAAGAGCACAGAACAGACAGAGCUAUACACCACUGCAGGACUAGAGAUUAUUCCUCAUGCUGGGCAGGGUAGGGUAGAAAGAAGAGAAUCCAUCAAAACAAGAGGUGGCUAAUUCCCUCAACAAAACUAAAUUAACAAUAUUAGCUCAAGUGAGGGAGCUGAAUCUUCUCACAGUGUUAAACAGUUUGUUCUGUUUUAUAUAUUAAAGACCCAAGUGUAGUUUAUUGUUUUUAUGGAGUUAAGUGAAUUCACAUGUUAAAUUUAAAAGGUCAGGGGAGACAGGAGAUUUUGUUUGUUUCUAGUAUUAUUUGGCAGAGUAUAAAAGUCCCUGGACCUAGAAUUGGAAGGCUUGCACUCAAAUCCACACCCUUCCUGGUACCAGCCAAGUGCCCCUGGGCAAUCACUCAACCCAUCUCCUUCACUGGUGGUUGUGGCAGCCCUUCUCAAGCAGAGUUGAGAGACCUUAGCUCCCUAACCCAGUGGUUCUCCAACUAGUGAGUGCUCAGAAUCACCUGGAGGGUUGGUUAAAACAGCACUGGGACCAAUCCCAAGUAGUCCUGGAAUACAGCCUGAGAAUUUGCCUUUCCAGCAAGUCCCCAGCCUGGUUGAAUGCCAUUCCCAGCCCACCCACCCCUGGCUCCACUUUCUCUUGUACUAGCUGAUAUCUGAGAUUCCACCAUCAAGAGCCCCAACCCAACUUAGCCGGGAAGCUUUACUCUUAUUAAAAGGUACAUACAUGAAACAAUAUUAGCAGUUAGACUGUAUCUUUCACAUCUUAUCCUUCUUUAUCAUUCCCGUGUCUCCCUUGCUGUAUUGCCUGCACAAGUUCACAUGUUUGAGGAACGAAACUUCAAACAUAGUCUGUAUCAAGAGGCUUUAUUAUUUUCUUUUUCCUCUCUCCCCGCUUUCCCCUAGAGCUUGGUCAAGG